AUGCUGGGCGUGGUGGACCGGUCGCAGCUGCUCCGCAUCAUCGACAAGACCGGCCAGCUCCUCUACCGCGUCCAGCUCCCCGCCGAGGGGACCACCAUCUUCCUCGGCUGGGAAAAGUCGGGCGCGGGCGCGGUUCUCGCGGCGGUGCAGCGGCUGGGCGGCGCCUUCCUCUGGUUCCCCGCGAGGCCGGAGAACGUGCAGCAGUGGGAGGGGAUGCAGUUCUCCACAAAGGUGCUCAAAAACUCUCUCGUCAAGCGCAACUCUCACUUCGACACCUGCUUCGCCUGCUGGUCCGACGCGGGCAAGCUGAUGCUCGGCCUCGCCGACGGCAACUUCGCCAUCUGGGACCUCGGCUCGAACGAGACCUUCAUGUCGCGCACGCACUUUCCAGGAAAGCACCGCAAUGCCAUCACCUGCGGCGCGUGGACUCCGGACGGAACGUCCCUCGCGCUCGGGUCGGCGACCCAGCUCAAGGUCUCUGCGCCCAUCGCCAACGCGAGCUGGGAGGGCACCGCCGCCAAGCUCGACCUCGCGGCCGGCGUGUCGGGCGGCUUCCAAAAGGUCUCCUUCUCGUCGGACGGCCGAAUGCUCGCCGCCUUUGCCGGAUUGUCCGUCUUUCGCGGCCUCACGCUGUGA